AUGGACGCGCAGUUGCUUGCCGCCAAAUACAACGAUUACCUCAUAAACCCGGUUUUGAGAACACAAAGGUUAUCGGCAGAAACAAUACGAGAACAAUAUCCAGAAGCGUACAAUGCGCAGAAGAAACGGGUUGAAAUGAGGGAAAGAGGAAUAUUCGUGUCUUCUGAUGAUAGUGAACUGGAACACACAUACUUCGAGAAAAUCGACGCUCAAGUUCGGCCGUAUGUCUGCAAAUGUGUGGAAAGUGUGAAACUCCGGAAACUCCAAGGAGCUCUUCAGGAAGAUCAGCUGAGAAGAUUGAAAUUAAAGUAA